AUGGCUCCAGUGGUGUUGAAGGUAUGGUUGUGGUGGCGGUUGGAAGGCUUCACCAAGGAAAGGGUCUUUGUUUUUGGUGAUAAGGGCACGUUGGAAAUCACAAGACCAAAAGGCAUAAUUAUUGGAUCCUGUGAGGGGACAAAUAAGGGGCUGAGGGGGGAGGAUACACGUGAAAAUUUUACAAGCCAUCUCUAUGCAGCAUUGUAUUCAAAGAAAAUCAAGACGUUCAUUGAUAGUUAUGAUCUCGAAAGAGGAGAUGAAAUUUCACAAGCACUUUUGAAUGCAAUUGAAGAAUCAAAGAUUGCUGUUAUUAUAUUCUCGAAAGGGUAUGCCACGUCUAGAUGGUGCCUUGAAGAACUUGCAAAAAUCAUUGAAGGCAAGAAAGCAGAAGAUUUGAUCCUACCAGUUUUUUAUCAUGCGGAUCCGUCUGAUAUAAGAAACCAAAAAGGGUCAUUUGAAAAAGCAUUUGUGAGGCAUAAAGAAAAGCAAAGUUCAGAGACGGUGAUGAGAUGGAGGAAUGCUUUGACAAAAGCAGCUAAUCUAUCCGGAUUUGAUUCAAGUGACAUUAGGUAA